GGGAACUGCUCCAGGUGGAUAUUCCAUGGGGUGAAUCCUUCGGGAACUGCUCCAGGUGGAUAUUCCCUGGGGUGAAUCCUUUGGGAACUGCUCCAGGUCCCUUUUCCAUGGGGUGAAUCCCUCAGGGGUUGGAUCCAGGGUUGGGCUCCGGGAUCUCGGAGCUGUUUUCCCACCCGGCUGAUCCCGGAAUUCCGGGAUUUUGGGUCUCCAGCUGCUCCAUCAGAACCGCCAGGCCAUCCUCAACCAGUUUGCCGCCGGCGCUCCCGUCGGGAUCAACAUGCGGGCGGGAAUGCAGCAGCAGAUCACGCCCCAGCCUCCCCUGAACGCCCAGAUGUUGGCGCAGCGGCAGCGGGAGCUCUACAGCCAACAGCACCGGCAGCGGCAGCUGAUGCAGCAGCGCGCCCUCCUCCUGCGCCAGCAGAGCUUCGGCAACGCCUCCGGAAUUCCGGUGCCCCUGGGAGCCGCCCGGCUGCCCCAAGCGCCCCCCCAGCAGUUCCCGUACCCGGUGCCCGGCUACGGCGCCGGCACCGGCAACCCGCCCUCCGCCGGGGCCGCCGGGCCCUUCUCCGGCGCCGAGGCGGCGGCGGCGGCGGCGCUGGCCGGGCGCCGCGGGAGCGCCGUGGGAGCCCAGUUCGGAGCCGGGAUGGUGGCGCCCGGCAUGCAGCAGAACGUCUUUCAGUAUUCCGGAGCAG